GGACUCGUGAGGACAGAGUGCAGAUGUACAUAUAACGGGACGAGGAAACUGGAUGGUAUAAGGAUUUUUGCGCUAAUGAAGGUGGGAGUACAGGCGCAUCACUGGAGCGGGGUGCUGUUCUUCUAUAUGGGGCUGCUGGCUGCAUCGGUUAAGGCUCAAAACUGCAGUCACACACUACACAGUCCAAAUGGGACAGUAGAAAGUCCCGGAUACCCGUAUGGAUAUCCCAACUACGCCAACUGCACGUGGGUGAUUGUGGCACAGGAACACAACCGGAUACAGUUGGUAUUUCAAGGCUUUGCCUUAGAGGAGGACUUUGACAUCCUCUCAGUCUACGAUGGGCAACCUAGUCCAACAAACUUACGGACACGGUUGACGGGGUUUCAACUUCCCGCCCCUAUAGUCAGCACAGGACCCAGACUCACACUAUGGCUGCUGUCAGAUUACGCCGUAAGUGGCCAGGGCUUCAAAGCCGUAUAUGAAGCCCUUCCAAGCUACACCUGUGGGAAUCCAGGUCAGCUGCUGAAUGGCAUGCAGCAGGGCUCUACUUUCAACAUCGGGGACAAGAUCCGCUACAGCUGCAAUCAGGGUUAUGUGCUGGAGGGUCACACUGUGCUCUCCUGCCUGGCCACUUCCUCCGGCACCGCUGCCUGGGACUUCCCCCUGCCAUACUGCCGAGCGGACGAUGGCUGUGGCGGCACACUACGGGGUCAAAGUGGUGUCAUCACCAGUCCAAAUUACCCCCAGGAGUACAACAACAAUGCGGACUGUACAUGGACCGUGCUGGCUGAACCAGGUGACACCAUCGCCUUGGUCUUCUCCAGCUUCCAAUUGGAAGAAGACUACGACGUCCUGGAAAUAACCGGCACAGAAGGAUCCUCUCAGUGGUUUACUGGUCCAAACCUGCCAUCACCCAUCAUCAGCAGCAAGAACUGGCUGAGACUCCACUUCACAUCCGAUGGAAACCACAAACUGAAAGGCUUCAGUGCUCAGUAUCAAGUGAAGAAGAUGACAGAACUGAAGUCCAGAGGGGUGAAGAUGCUGCCAAGUAAAGACAACCACAGCAAGAUAUCAGUUUUAUCACAGAUGGGGGUGGCGCAAGGACACAACAUGUGUCCAGACCCAGGAAUCCCAGAGAGGGGCAAAAGAAAAGGCUCUGAUUUCAGGCGGGGUGCUACUGUGCACUUUUCUUGUGAUGAAGGAUACGAGCUUCAGGGGUCUAAAAGCAUCACCUGCCUACGAGUUACGGACAGUUAUGUUGGCUGGAGUGAUGAUCGGCCUAUCUGCAGAGCUCCUAUGUGUGGUGGUCAGCUCCGUGGCCCUAGUGGCAUCAUCACCUCCCCAAACUUUCCAGUACAAUAUGACAACAAUGCUAACUGCACCUGGAUCAUCACAGCUUCGGACCCUUCCAAGGUGAUCAAGCUGACUUUUGAGGAGUUUGACUUAGAGCGGGGCUACGAUACUCUAACUGUGGGAGAUGGAGCUGUAAUCGGCGAUCAGCGGACAGUCUUUCAUGUGUUGUCUGGGACUACAACUCCAGAUCUGGUGGUCAGUACCAGCCAUCAGAUGUGGCUCAAUUUUAAAACGGAUGACACAAGUGGCUCCCUGGGCUUUAAGGUUUCUUACGAAGAAAUUAACCAGGGUGGAUGCGGAGACCCUGGAAUCCCAGCCUAUGGCAAGAGGGAAGGCACAGGCUUCCGACAUGGAGACAAGCUAUAUUUUGAGUGCCUUCCAGCCUUUGAGCUGGUAGGAAAAAAGAACAUCACCUGCCAGAAAAAUAAUCAGUGGUCAGCCAAGAAGCCAAGCUGUGUGUUUUCGUGUUUCUUCAACUUCACAACUCCAUCUGGAGUCCUGCUAUCACCAAACUACCCUCAGGAGUACGGAAACAAUAUGCACUGUGUGUGGCUGAUUAUCGCCAAACCCGAGAGCCGCAUCAACAUGGCCUUUAACGACCUGAGCAUGGAGAAACAGUUUGAUUUCCUAUCCAUUAAAGAUGGCGGCAAGGCAGAGUCACCAAUUCUGGGCACCUUUUCUGGAGAUGUGCUGCCAUCACCCAUCACUACCAGCGGCCACGUGGCCAGGCUGGAGUUUCUGACUGAUCAUACGUACACAGAACGCGGCUUCAACAUCACUUUCACCACUUUCCGGCACAACGAGUGUCCCGACCCUGGCGUUCCAGUAAACGGAAAGCGCUUUGGUGAGAGUUUACAGCUUGGCAGCUCUAUCUCUUUCCUGUGUGAAGAGGGGUUUAUGAAGACCCACGGUUCUCAGACCAUCUCCUGCAUUCUCAAAGAUGGAAAUGUUGUGUGGGACAACGCUGUGCCACGUUGUGAAGCUCCAUGUGGUGGAAACCUCAAGGCUUCUAGCGGCAUCAUUCUGUCCCCAGGCUGGCCUGAGCUUUAUAAAGAGGCCCUCAAUUGUGAGUGGAUCAUCGAGGCUCCGCCAGGAUAUCCUAUUAAGAUCAUCUUUGACAAGUUCCGGACAGAGGUUAACUACGAUGUUCUCGAGGUACGGGAUGGACGCUAUCCUUCUUCCCCUCUGAUUGGCAGUUACCAGGGUACACAGGUCCCUCAGUUCCUCAUCAGCACAUCCAGCUUCCUGUACCUGCUCUUCACCACCGACAAGAGUCACUCUGACAUUGGCUUCCGUAUCCAAUAUGAGACCUUGCAGCUCCAGUCGGACCAUUGCGUUGAUCCUGGAAUCCCAGUCAACGGUCAGCGGCACGGCAAUGAUUUCUAUGUGGGGGCGCUGGUGACGUUCAGUUGCGGAGCAGGAUACACGCUCAGUGACCAUGAGCCUCUUGAGUGUGAACCUAACUUCCAAUGGAGUCGCCCUCUGCCCAGCUGUGAUGCUCUUUGUGGUGGGUUUAUUCAGGGGAACAGCGGCACUGUUCUGUCCCCUGGGUUCCCUGACUUCUACCCCCAUAACCUCAACUGUACGUGGAUGAUUGAGACUUCACAUGGUAAAGGUGUCCAGUUUAUCUUUCACACCUUUCACUUGGAGAGUCCACAUGACCACCUUUUAGUCACAGAAAAUGGUAGUUUCUCUCAGCCCCUGUGGAGAUUGACCGGGUCUACACUGCCACCCCUUCUCAGCGCUGGACUUUUUGGCAACUACACCGCUCAGAUCCGUUUCCUCUCAGACUUCUCUGUGUCCUAUGAGGGCUUUAACAUCACUUUCUCAGAAUACGAUCUGGAGCCUUGCGAAGAUCCCGGCGUCCCCCCCUUCAGCACUCGUAAGGGGCUGCAAUUCGGGGUGGGGGAUGCGCUUAUCUUUUCCUGUUUUCCGGGGUACCGUCUCAAGGGGCCUGCGAGGGUGGUGUGUCUAGGGGGGCGUCGACGGGUUUGGAGUUCCCCUCUGCCAAGGUGUGUUGCUGAAUGCGGAUCGUCUGUAACUGGGAAACAAGGAGUUUUACUCUCUCCCAACUACCCUGGUUACUACGGUAACAACCAUGAGUGCAUCUACUCCAUCCAAACCCAACCCGGUAAAGGGAUCCAGCUCCGAGCGCGGGAUUUCCGCCUGGAGGAAGACGACAUGCUUAAGGUGUAUGAUGGUAGCAGUAACAGUGCCAGACUGCUGGGCACCUUCACAGGCACAGAGAUGAUGGAUGUCACUCUAAACAGCACAUCCAGCACCAUGUGGCUGGAGUUCAUUAGUAACAGUGACAAUACCAGCAAAGGUUUUGAGCUGCACUUCACCAGUUUUGAGUUGGUGAAGUGUGAGGACCCAGGUGUGCCUCAGUUUGGUUUUAAACGGGAGGACAAAGGUCACUUCGCAGGCAGCACAGUGUCAUAUAGCUGUGAUCCUGGCUACACUUUAAAGGGCCCGGAGGUUUUGACAUGUCUCAGAGGGGAGAGGAGAGCAUGGGACAGCCCGCUCCCACUGUGUGUCGCCGAGUGUGGAGGAACGAUUAAAGAUGAGCCCAUGGGCCGGAUUCUAUCUCCUGGUUACCCAGCGCCUUAUGAGCACAACUUGCACUGUGUCUGGACCAUUGAGGCGGCACUUGGAAGCACCAUCGGGUUGCAUUUCCUGGUCUUCCACACAGAAGAGGUGCAUGAUGUUUUGCGGAUCUGGGAUGGACCUCAGGACGGAGGUGUUCUGCUGAGAGAGCUGAGUGGCUCUACACUUCCUCCAGAUCUCCACAGCACCUUCAACUCUGUCAGUCUGCAGUUUACAACCGACUUCUUCACCAGCAAGCAGGGUUUCGCUCUGCAGUUCUCGGUUUCAACUGCCACUUCCUGUAAUGAUCCUGGCAUUCCAACAAAUGGCACCCGCAUAGGAGACAGCAGAGAACCAGGGGAUCAUGUGCUGUUCCAGUGCGAUCCCGGAUACCUCCUACAGGGGGCGACCAAAAUCACCUGUACCGAGAUCAACAACCGUUUCUUCUGGCAGCCUGAUCCACCCACCUGUUCUGCUCCAUGUGGAGGCAAUCUGACUGGUCCCAGUGGACUGAUCCUGUCCCCUGAAUACCCAGAGCCUUAUCCUCAUGGCAGAGAAUGUGACUGGACAGUAACAGUAAUGCCAGAUCACAUCAUAUCACUCACUUUUAAUCACUUUAGUUUAGAGCCAAGCUACGACUUCCUGCACAUCUACGAUGGGCCUGAUUCUCUCAGCCCUCUGCUGGGCAGCUUUUAUGGCACGGACGUCCCUGAGCGCAUUGAGAGCAGCUCCAACACUCUCUUCCUGGCCUUCCGCAGUGACGCCUCACUCAGCAGCAAUGGAUUUGUCCUGCAGUACACUGAAAAUCCCAGAGAGUCGUGCUUUGAGCCAGGCCUGGUGCGUAAUGGUACUCGUGUUGGUACUGAGCUGAAGCUGGGGGCAACUGUCACCUAUUACUGUGACAACGGCUAUACGCUGGAGGGUGACGCCACUCUCACUUGCAUCAUGGGGGGAGACGGCAAGCCCGGCUGGAACAAACCAAAACCUGUUUGCAUAGCUCUGUGCGGUGGUCAGUAUUCAGGGUUGGAGGGGGUGGUGCUCUCCCCUGGUUAUCCUGGAAACUACAGCAGCGGCAGGACUUGCCUGUACUCCGUCAUUGUGCCGAAAGACUAUGUGGUGUUCAGCCAAUUUGCAUUCUUCCAGACUGCACUAAAUGAUGUUGUGGAGGUGUAUGAUGGGCCUACCCAGCAUGCCCGUGUCCUGAGUUCUCUCUCUGGGGCCCACACAGGUGAAUCUUUGCCACUAGCCACCUCCAACCAGAUCCUUAUCCGCUUCUCUUCCAAGGGCCAGUCGAGCUCAAGAGGGUUCCACCUGGUCUACCAAGCUGUCCCGAGAACCAGUGCGACACAGUGUAGCUCAGUCCCAGAGCCCAGACACGGCAGGCGCACGGGGAACAACUUUGCAGUGGGAGCCGUGGUGAGUUUUGAAUGCAAUGCAGGAUACGUCCUGGAGGGGCCCAGUGCCACCGAGUGCCUGACUGUACCCAACGCUCUGGCCCAGUGGAACGGCAGCAUGCCCAGCUGCAUUGUGCCAUGUGGAGGGAAUCUAACCCAGCGGAUAGGCACUAUUCUGUCCCCUGGCUAUCCUGAGCCCUACCUGAACAGCCUGAGCUGCGUAUGGAAGAUCAGUGUGCCAGAGGGAAUGGGAAUCCAGAUCCAGGUGAUUAGCUUUGUGACUGAGCAGAACUGGGACUCUCUCGAGGUGUUUGAUGGGGGUGACAGCACUGACACCAUGCUGGGGAGCUUCUCAGGCACAACAGUUCCAGCCCUCUUAAACAGCACCUCCAACCAGCUCUACCUGCACUUCUUCUCAGACAUCAGCGUCUCUGCAGCUGGUUUCCGUCUAGAAUACAAGACUGUGUCCCUCACUAGCUGUCCUGAACCAGUAGUACCCAUGAAUGGCUUCAAAGUGGGCGAGAGACUCCAGAUGAACAGUGUGGUGUCUUUCCAGUGUGACCCUGGAUAUACUCUGCAGGGAGUCUCCCAUAUCUCUUGCAUGCCAGUGCCUGUGCGCCUCUGGAACUAUCCGCCUCCUCUCUGCAUCGCUCAGUGUGGGGGAAUCAGAGAAGUAAUGGAAGGCACCAUCCUCAGCCCUGGUUUCCCAGGAAACUACCCUAGCAACAGUGACUGCACCUGGAGGAUUUACUUGCCAGUCGGUUACGGGGCUCAUGUGCAGUUCUUGAACUUUUCCACUGAGGCCAACCAUGAUUUCCUGGAAAUUAGGAAUGGACCUUUUGACACCAGCACAGUGAUUGGCAAAUUCAGUGGGCAGGACUUACCACCAUCUCUUCUAACCACUUCACAUGAGACUACUAUGUAUUUCCAUAGCGAUCACUCUCAGAAUAAGCCUGGCUUCAGAUUUGAUUAUCAGGCCUAUGAACUUCAAGAGUGUCCUGAUCCUGAACCCUUCUGCAAUGGUGUGGUGGUUGGGGCUGGUUAUAAUGUGGGUCAGUCCAUCUCAUUUGAGUGCUAUCCAGGGUAUCAGCUGAUGGGACACUCCAUUUUUACCUGUCAACAUGGCACUACGCGUAACUGGGAUCAUCCGUUUCCUCGCUGUGAAGUGCCCUGCGGAGGUAACAUUACAUCAGACAAUGGCACUAUCUUCUCCCCCGGUUACCCAGAGGAUUACUCCACUUCUGCGGACUGCAGCUGGCUGAUUACGGUAGCACACGGCCUGGGCAUCCGUCUUAAUUUCACCCUCCUGCAAGUCCAUGGCCCCCAAGAUUUCAUCACAGUCUGGGAUGGACCACAGGAAACAGCCCGCAAACUUGGAGUGUUUACCGAAGGAGAGCCCAACAACCCACCAAGCAGCACAUCUAAUCAAGUUCUGAUACGUUUCCGAAGCUAUUCUGAGAAAGGUGGACUGUUCAAGAUCAACUACCAAGCCUAUAGACUUCAGUUUUGUUUGCCACCUCCUAUCAUUCCUAACGCAGAAAUUCUGAUGGCCAGUAAAGAAUUUAAGAUAGGUGAUAUUGUGCUUUACAGAUGUCUCCCAGGAUAUCAUCUGAAUGGGAACAGCAUUCAAACCUGUCGCUUGGGGACUCAUCUUGAGUUUGAAGGACCUCCAACUUCAUGUGAUAUUACCUGUCCUAUGAACGAGGUGUUGACAGCCUCCACGGGAAUAAUCCUGAGUCAGUCACCGGGUAGCAGCCUGCCGCACUUUGAGUCCUGCUCCUGGGUGGUGAAGGUGGAUUCAGGUUACAACAUCACUUUCGCCAUUGAACACUUCCAGACCAGCAGACAGUUUGAUGAGCUGGAGAUAUUUGAUGGUCCUUCACGGCAGAGUCCACUGCUCAUUUCUCUAAGUGGGAACUAUUCAUCUCCCUUUAGUAUUACUAGCACUGCAAACAAGGUUUACCUGCACUGGUCUUUCGAUCACACUUCCAGCCACAAGGGCUUUCGAAUCCGCUACUCAGCGGCAUACUGCAGUACCCCGGACCCUCCGGUGAACGGCUCGGUGCAUAGCCAGACGGGCACGAAACUUGGCAGUACCUUGCGCUUCAGCUGUGACCGGGGUUUCAACCUGAUUGGCCAGACCACCGCCACUUGCACCCGCACCCUGCAGGGCAUCUACCAAUGGAACGCUCCAGUGCCGCUUUGCCAAGUUGUUUCCUGUGGGAUGCCCCUUGCGCCAGUGAAUGGCACUGUCAUCGGGCAGGAAUUCACUCUCGGCUCUAGAGUCACAUUCUCUUGUAAUCCUGGUUUCCGAUUGGCCAACGCUCAGCCGGUGUCAACAGUUUGUCAAGAGUUUGGGAGGUGGAGCCCGAUGGAGACCCGCCCUCGCUGCGUCCCUGUGACCUGCCCUGACAUCGGCCACUCCGCAGUGGAUCAUGGGAGGUGGAGGCUUAUUUACGGCAUGCAGAAUAAAUAUGAGGCCAUGAUGAUGCUGACUUGUGACCCUGGAUAUUUCUACAAGGGUCAAAGGGUCAUCCGCUGCCAAGCUAACGGCACCUGGGAUUACCCUGAGCCUAGACCAUCCUGUGAAAUCAUUUCCUGUGGUGACCUUGGAACCCCUCCAAAUGGGAAUAAAAUAGGAACAUUAUCUGUGUACGGAGCGACUGCCAUUUUUUCCUGUAACACGGGUUAUACUCUGGUGGGCUCCAGAGUGAGAGAGUGCAUGUCCCAUGGCCUGUGGAGUGGAGCUGAGGUCCAGUGUCUUGGUGAGUGGCUUUACUUCUCUUAUGGGACUUAUUCAUCAAUAAUUAGAGAAAAUAUACCCUUAUGUGCUCCGAAUGAGCAUUUACGGUGUUUUUCUUCAACAGCUGGACACUGUGGCACACCAGAGCAUAUUGUGAACGGCCAGGUCAUUGGAGAGAAUUACAACUACAGGGGCAGUGUCGUUUACCAGUGUAAUCCUGGAUUCCGACUCAUCGGCGUGUCCGUUCGCAUCUGUGAGCAGGACCAUCGCUGGUCCGGAAAGACACCCGUCUGUGUCCCCAUCACCUGUGGGCAUCCAGGCACCCCAGCUAAUGGUGUGACUCAGGGAAUGCAGUUUAACCUUAACGACAUUGUGCGUUUCGCCUGCAACACUGGUUAUGUUCUCCAAGGUGCAAUCAAGUCUCACUGUCAGCCGAACAGCCAGUGGAGCAACGCUCUGCCCAAGUGUAAAAUUGUGAACUGCACUGAUCCGGGACAUGUUGAAAAUGGUGUCAGACAGGUCCUGCCCAGCGGGCCUCAUCGUUACAGUUUCCAGACCGCAGUUUCUUACAGCUGUAACCCUGGAUACUACCUGCUGGGCACCAGCACUCUGAGCUGUCAAGGCGACGGCACAUGGGACCGCUCCCUACCCAAGUGCCUCUUGGUUCUGUGUGAUCGUCCCAGCAUGCCUCCAUAUGUACAGAUCUCGGGGGACAGACGCACAGUGGGCUCUGUUAUCCGCUUCAGCUGCAUCGGCCAGCGCAGCAUUGUGGGCAAUACCACCCGCAUGUGCCAGCUGGAUGGCCAGUGGAGCGGCUCCCUGCCACAUUGCUCCGGUGAUUCUGCUGGAAUGUGUGGAGACCCUGGCGUUCCAGUGCACGGGAUCCGUCUGGGAGAGGAGUUCUCCGUAGGGAGCAUUGUACGAUUCAGCUGUGAGCCUGGCUACGUUCUGAAGGGCUCCUCUGAACGAACCUGCCUGGCUAACGGGAGCUGGGUGGGCAUCCAGCCUGAGUGCCAUGUGGUCUCCUGUGGCAACCCUGGAACUCCUCGCAACUCCAUGAUCCAGUUCCACGAUGGACUUGUGUUUUCCCGCUCUGUCACCUACUCCUGCAGAGAAGGCUACUACUCCACUGGCCUGCUCACUCGUCAUUGUACAGUCAAUGGCACUUGGACCGGGGACAUGCCGGAAUGCACAGUCAUUAACUGUGGAGAUCCUGGAGUGCCAGCUAAUGGUAUCAGACUGGGCAUUGACUUCACGUACGGCCACACUGUGAGCUUCCAGUGUUCACCAGGCUUCACUAUAGAUGCUGAUCGUGCCUCCACACUCAUCUGCACCAAGGAUCGCACAUGGAACAGCACCAAGCCAGUUUGCAAAGCCAUUGUGUGUGGAGCACCUCCCAGCAUCCCGAAUGGUCAGGUUGUGGGGUCUGACUUCCAAUGGGGGUCCAGCAUUAGUUAUAGCUGUAAUCAGGGUUACCAGCUUUCACUUCCCACUAUCCUCACCUGCCAGGGCACAGGAAACUGGAGUGGCGAACGGCCUCAGUGUUUUCCUGUAUUUUGUGGAGAUCCAGGGAUACCAGCCCAGGGCAAGCGAGAAGACCGAGGGUUCACAUACCUGUCCUCUGUUUCAUUCUCAUGUUACCCGCCUUUGAUCCUGGUUGGCUCUGCUCGCCGAUACUGCCAAUAUGAUGGAACCUGGAGUGGAACCCAGCCGUCUUGCAUAGAUCCCAGUCACACCAGCUGUGUAGAUCCUGGCACUCCUCUCUUUGGCCACCAGAACAACUCUCAAGGCUAUCAGAUUGGUAGUUCAGUAUACUACAGCUGCAGAAAGGGUCACCUCCUUCUGGGUUCCAUCUCUCGGACCUGUUUGCCCAACCUCAUCUGGAGUGGCAUGCAGCCUGAGUGCAUCGCUCAUCACUGUAAUCAGCCGGAGCUCCCCGCACAGGCAGAUGUAGGUGCUAUAGAGCUGCCAUCUCUGGGUUAUACGCUCAUCUACACCUGUCAGUCUGGUUUCUACCUUGCUGGAGGGUCUGAACACCGCACCUGCAGGGCUGAUGGCAGCUGGACAGGGAAACCUCCAUUGUGUGCACCUGAUAACAGACCAAGCGGAAAAACUGCAGGAACAGUGCAAGAGCCGCCCAACACAAAGCAACCCGUGCCAAGUGGGGUCUUUGCUAAGAACUCUCUUUGGAGGGGUUCAUAUGAAUAUUUAGGGAAGAAGCAGCCAGCAAUGCUUAGCAUAACUGCUUUUGAACCAUUCAGCAGUCGGGUCAAUGGCACUCUCAUGGACCACAGCGGAGUACAGCUUAAUCUGGCUGGUAUCUAUAAGAAAGAAGAAGCCCAAUUGUUGCUGCAGGUGUAUCAGAUUCGAGGUCCUGUGGAGAUCUUUGUUAACAAGUUCAAAAUUGACAACUGGGCAUUGGAUGGACAUGUGUCAUACAUGCCUUCUUCUGAUUCAUUUGUUUACCAAGGCUUUGUUCGAGGAAAAGGCUUUGGCCAGUUUGGACUUCAGAGACUGGAGGGCCUUGAUCCAAAUGGGGAGAAUACAGGCUAUAACUUUGCCUCCAAUAGCAGUUCAGUUGCAGCAGCCAUUUUAGUGCCUUUUAUUGCCAUGAUCAUAGCAGGCUUCGCUCUGUAUCUCUACAAACACAGAAAAAGGCCCAAAGUACCCUUUAAUGGUUAUGCGGGCCAUGAGAACACAAAUGGAAGGGCGACUUUUGAGAAUCCUAUGUAUGACCGUAACAUCCAGCCCACUGAUAUCAUGGCCAAUGAGACAGAGUUCACGGUCAGCACAGUGUGCACAGCAGUAUAGCAACCGCUCUAGUCAAAGGCUGGAUAUAAUCGUUCCCUCUCCAUGCAACUGUUCCCAUAGUUACGAAUGGGCCACAUGGAUGGACUAAAG